AUGAGCAAGAAGAAGCUGCCUCUCCCAGUAAUCGUGAUGGUGUUACAUAGAGAAUGUCAUCGUUUCUGUAUGCCUGGAACGGCUCUGGAACGGAGGAUCAUGGCAGUAACCCCGCGGGAGGUUCAGCUGGUUGCACAGUCCGUUCAGCGCCGAUUAGAUGCCGCUGCUAAAAGAAAGUCCUGGAAAUUUCCAGAGAAGGCAGCUGAGGAAGAAGACCACGAUCAUACCAAUGGUAGCGAUCAUGCUGGCGUUGAUCAUGAACGGGAAGACAACGAAGCGGCUGAAAACAUCAUGGAAAGAGGCGAAAGUAAUGAACAUCAUGAUGAUUCACAAGAACACCUUGAACCUGCCGAUGGCACUCACGAUGAUGACCAUGCGAAUAGUGGAGAAGGAGGGAUUGAUUUCUCAACUGAAGGACGGGGUGAAGGAGGAGAGUUGACUGAGUUGGAGUUGACUAUGUUAGAAGAAUAUGAGCAAAAUCGUGGUGUGAUUCUGACAGAUUUCCAAAGCCUGAAAAGGGAGGAGAACAGGAAAAGGUUAUGUCGCGAACGAGUUCGAGCCAAGAUCUAUACCCUUGGACGGGCCAUGAGGAAUAUCCAGUUUUCGGAUUUUGAAUGUGACUUACUCAUCCGUUCUGAACAUAUGCUCGAAGCAGUUGUCGAGUUAUGGAACGCUAGAAUGGAGUCCGGGUCCAAGUUGGAUCCUACCAGGUUGUGUCCAAAAAGGGAACUGUACACCGGGACGCCUGAAGCAUCUGCUGAAUCCACAGAACAUCCAGAAGCAGCUGCUAAUGCACCUCCGGCUGCUGCUGCUACAUCUGAUGAGAGCGCGGCUACUGCUGAGGCAGAAACGCCUGCUAAUGUUCCCAACGCAUCUGCUGUCACCGAUGUGACAAGUCCUGAAACGGAUGCUGCCUCCACCACUUCCAGUAUAAGGAGAACGGUAAUUGUGAAGCAGGUUUCACAGGUUGUUGACCUCAUUCUACUU